GAUUUGUAUAUAAGAGCUGGUCUCUCUCUUGUUCAGCACCGCUACACAAGCUGACCAGAGCUACAGGCUGAGAAGAAAGACGAAAAGAUCAUCUUGCAGCAGGAUAAUCAUCAUCUUUACCAUCCAUACCACCUCUACCAUGAAGAUGCUGGCUGUAUCUCUGCUGGUUUGUGCCAUGAUGGUGCUUACUACGGCUGGUCCACACAUAGAUUUCAGAGCUAAAUUGGAACCAUUAACUCAACAAGAAAAGGCUCUCAAAAUCGAGAGGUCAGCAUCUUGUCCAGGUGGCUGGACUGGUUUCAAAAGUCGCUGUUUCCUCUUUGUUCCAACAUCCAUGAAAUGGGCUGAUGCUGAGAAACAUUGUCAGUCACAUGGUGGAAACCUUGCAUCAGUGCACAGCUUUGAUGAGCAUCAUGUGAUUCAAGGUGCGAUUGUGAGAAUAACUCAUUCAUAUCCAAAGACAUGGCUUGGAGGCUCUGAUGCAGAACAGGUGGACUCUUGGUUCUGGAGUGACGGUACCACUUUCAGGUUUGCAUACUGGUCUACAGGACAGCCUGACGGUGGCAUGAGAGCAAACUGUCUGGUGAUGAACUUUGGAGAUCUUUACCAUGAGGAUGCUGGCUGUCUCUCUGCUGGUUUGUGUCAUGAUGGUGCUUACCAUGGCAACGAGGGGUAA